AUGCCAACUCCGAGUUUCCGUGGUAAACAAGCCUACAAGUCCUAUAUACUCCGACUUCCGCACCAUGGAUAUACCAGAGCCAAACAACUACAGCACCUCCAAUUGCAAAACAGUAAAGCGGAAGAUCUCAUCAUCCUUGGAUCCCAUCGCAUCACGCUAGAUCUUCACUGCAAAGGCCCGUCCCGUGGCCACUCCGACGAAAGCGACCCAGACGUCACUGACUCCUCCACCUCGGGCGUGCGGAAGCGGGAAGCUGAGCUCGUCCAGAUGGAAAAGGAUUUCCCAAUUCCCACACGGCCCCCGAUCUAA